CUUUCCCAUGCUGGGAGGAUGCACGCAGUCUCCCCCCCCCCCGGCACCGACGGAGUCGGAUCUGUGCGCACUCCGAGGAUCUAGUCGAUCGUUUGGGUCCUUUUCAGGCACUUCUAUCCAGAGCUGUUCUCUGCGGAAGAUCCAAAAUGACUUUUACUAAACGGCCACUUGUCUGAGUUUAUCGCUGAGCCAUCGGAAGGGGGCUUUAAGCACAAGAAAACAAGCAGCUGUUGAGCCAGAGAGGAUUCCUUUUUUCUCCUUGCUAACCCUGCGUGUAUGGACCUCUGGGAGUGCAAGAAUCCAGCCAAGGACGAGUUCACUCCCCCCUCUCAGCCUGCAAGGAAGAUGGGAGUGAAAACAUAAAGCUGUGUGGAGUCGAGAGGCGCUCUUAAUGAAUUCCAGGGAAUCCUAAAAGCAAACUGAGCAUUUGUCUGUGUGCAAGAAUUCAGCAGCCAUGCGCUCAUUAGCUAUGACCGUCCGGCGUUUUGUGGCUGCUGCCCUGCUAUUGGCCGGUGGUCUGCAAUCAGUGAGAGAACCCGAGGAGGACGUCACGCCACGCAUCAGUUUUCCAUACAAUGCGAAGGAGAGAUCCGCCAAGAGAUUUUCAGUGGGUGGCGUCUUCAAUUACACGUCUCUGCUGCUCAGCCAGGAGGACGACAUGCUGUACGUCGGAGCCAGGGAGGCGCUUUUCGCCCUCAGCCUCUCGGACAUCAGCAAGAGCAAGCUGCAAAAGAACCUCACAUGGGGAACUCCUGCUGGAAAAAGAGAGGAGUGCAGCUUUAAAGGAAAAAACUUGCAGACCGAUUGCUUCAAUUACAUCAAAAUUCUGCUGCGGCUCAAUAGCACUCAUCUGUAUGUGUGCGGUACCUACGCCUUCAGUCCCAUCUGUGCCUACAUAAACACGUCCACGUUCACACUGGCGAGAGACGCAGCGGGCGAGGUCGUGACGGAAGACGGGCGCAGCCGCUGCCCCUUUAAUCCGGAGUACAAAUCCACCGCCAUCAUCGUGGAUGGGGAGUUAUACACCGGCACCGUCAGCAACUUCCAAGGGAACGAGCCGGUCAUUCACAAAAGUUUGGGUCGGGGAACCGCACUGAAAACAGAAAACUCCUUAAAAUGGCUGCAAGAUCCGGUCUUUGUCGGCUCGGCCUACAUCGAGGAGAGCCAGCCGGCAGGCAACCCCGUGGGCGACGACGACAAGAUCUACUUCUUCUUCAGCGAGGCGGGGAAAGAGUUUGACUUCUUCGACAACACGGUGGUGUCGCGGAUCGCUCGCGUGUGCAAGGGGGACAGGGGAGGUGAGCGGGUGCUGCAGAAGAAGUGGACCACCUUCCUGAAGGCCCAGCUCCUGUGCUCGCUCCCCGACGACGGCUUCCCCUUCAACAUCAUCCAGGACAUGUUUGUUCUGAAGCCCACGGGAGACAGCUGGGAGAGCACCGUCUUCUACGGCGUUUUCACUUCUCAGUGGUAUAAAGGGGCGUCGGGUAGCUCUGCGGUGUGUGCCUUCAGCAUGGCUCAGGUGGAAGCCGCCUUCAGCGGCCGCUACAGAGAGGUCAACAGGGAGACCCAGCAGUGGUACACCUACAAUCACCCGGUACCUGAGCCACGGCCUGGCGCGUGCGUGACCAACCACGCCAGGCAAAUGGGGAUCCAGUCGUCUCUGCACAUGCCUGAUAAAGUCCUCAACUUCGUGAAGGACCACUUCCUGAUGGACAGCGUGAUCCGCAGCGCCCCCCUGCUGCUGAAGCGCAGCGUGCGCUACACCCAGAUCGCCGUGCACAAGAUCCAAGGGAUGGAGAGGGCGUACGAUGUCCUCUUUAUUGGAACAGAUGAGGGAAAGCUUCACAAGGCCAUCAACGUUAACGAUAAGAUGCACAUCAUAGAGGAGAUGGUUCUGUUUGCAGAGCCGCAGCCCGUGCAGCACAUCGAGCUGGACUCUCAGCGGGGCCUGCUGUUUGUGUCGUCGUACUCAGGCCUGGUGGAGGUUCCUGUGGCUAACUGUUCGAACUACCUGACCUGUGGCGAGUGUGUGUUGUCCAGGGAUCCCUACUGUGCCUGGACUGGGCUGCAGUGCCAAGAUGUCAGGAUGGCCCCGCCUGACAGCCACUGGCAGCAGGACGUGGAGGAGGCUGACACAUCAGCGAUUUGUAACUCGACUCUUCCCUUCCUCAGAUCCACCAGACCAGCAGCUUCUCGCGCGUCUCGCUGUAAGCUCAUCACGGUCCCGGCCAACACGUUCCGGGUCCUGCCCUGCAAGCUGCGGUCCAACCUGGCUCAGAGGAGGUGGCGUUACAGCGACGGCGCCAGCCAGUUCCUCUACGCCACCCAGGAGGGCAACCUGGUGGUGGUGGCCCAGUCUGACAGGACGGAGACGUACGAGUGUUGGUCGGAGGAGGAGAACUUCCGCCAGCUGUUGGCCAACUACUGCGUGAGGGCGGAGCCCCGCCAGGAGAGCACCACUCUGGUCGGCCACUCGCGCACGCCCCACGUGGCGCCGGUGGAGACCAUCAUCCUGCCCGGCGAGUCUCGCUCCGAGCAGGCCCACACCAAGACGUACUGGAACGAGCUGAUCGUGGUGUGCGGCCUCCUGGCCUUCUCCCUCGUCGUGUUCUCUUUGUUCGUCGUCUACAGGAACCGCGACCAUAUGAAGUCCAUGCUGAAGCAAGGAGAGUGCCCCAACAUGCAACAGAAGAAGCCCAGGAUAGUUGGCAAGCCCACAGAGAGCUUGCCCCUAAACGGGAACACCAUCCCCGUUUCCACGUCAGACCACAAGGGCUACCAGACCUUAAACGACAACUACAUCUGCAGCACGCCCACGCACGAGUCCUCGCCGGAGAACAGCAAGAGCUUCUCCGAGGCCUCCGACAGGCGGCCGCUCAACGCUAAGGAGAGCCACGUGGACUACUCGCCGACGUGCCCGCGGCCCCGAGUGAGGCUGGGCUCAGAAAUCAAGGACUCCAUCGUAUGAGGAGCGCAGCUCUCUCCAAACGGCCUCCUGCGUCUCCUCCACGAGCGACACGGGCCACCGAGGGGAAGGAGAGGAGAAUCCUGACUCCCACCCACAUCGCAGCACAUCUUUUCUUUUUCAGUCAUCUUGGUUCUGUGAUCAGUGCGGAGGUCAUUUCGUUUUUGCCAUUUCCACUCCGAAGCCUGAGGUUGGUCCGGUUUCCUGCGACAGCGGGCAGAGGGCGCGGCACACGCGCCGUCGUUUCCACCAGGAUCACCAACCAUGGCAGCUGCUAAGAUUUACCUAUCAUAUGAUCUGCCUAUUUUGAGCCUUUGACACUAACAUAUUAUGGGUGUAUGUUGGCUGAUAUGGGAAAAGCAGAAAAAAAAAAACACGCACCCUAUAACUGUAUCUUUUUUGGCAUUGAUUCAUCGCCCAGACAGGAUGUCAGAUCAGUGGUGGUUGCCCAGCCAUGUGUAAGUACAGCUCUGUUAUACAGACAGAACCAAGCUACAGCUACACGGUGACCAAGAGUUCAGGGUUAGGUGAAUAUUAUACAAGUACUUCAUUUCCAUUAAGUCCACCGCACAUUUCUUCCCUUUCUGCUGAGUAAAUGUUAAUGGCUUUUUUUUUUUUUUAAAAAAGGAUAAAUGUGGUGAAACGUGAGAAAAGCCCAGGACAUUCCACUAGACGAUGUGCUGCUCAAAGACAACCGCAAUGUAGAGAGGGGAGGUGGCAGAAAUGUCUGCUCUGAUGCUUAAACACUGUCAUUUUACUCCUGAAUGUACAUUGUCGUCAAAAGACGGUCCGUUUUUUUUGCCGAAAAACGUCCCCGCUGAAAAUUGGGAUGGCCCCCUCCGAACAGUAUUAAGCUGAAGGGGCCCCUGCGGGUUAAUAAAUGGACCUUUUUAUUUGUAGCAAAACUGAAAUGGGCGACUUUACAUUGAAAAUAAGAGAGGCUAGAACAACUGGGAGAACAUCUACACCUCUCAACACCUUCAGGGCAGCACUGGAACCAUCGUGUGAACUGUGCCAAAAACAAAAAAAACAAAGAACAAACAGAAAUAACUUGAUUGUUUAAAUGCAAUAGUGCCAUUCUGUUCAUGACCAUCUCAUGGUUUCUGUUAGCAUAGAUCAAUGUCUGAGAGCACAUGGUGAUGGACCCAUGGUGAUGGGCUGGGUUCCACUGAAAGUAUUGUGGCACUAAUAAUGAAUAAAUAAAUAAAUGUGAAGAUCGAAUUUGGGAGAAAUUCUCUAAGACUGUUAGCUCAUAGCAAACUGCGCAGAGCGUGUGGAGCAGAUCUUCGCGUGGGGCCAAAGGAUUUGACACGCCACGUGGUUGUCGGUCUUUUAAGUUUUCUAUCUGCGUUCUUGCUUGACAGUACAGCUGCAACUACAGCUCAGCUUAACAAGAAACCAUAUGGACUUUUUGGUUGGUUUCGCUCCAAUCAAGCAGCUGAGGGGAAGAGAGUGAAGCUGGUGUCCAGUUCAUACGGUGACAACAUGAUGCAGAGUGUUUUGAGAAGGCUUUCAUGCCCCUUGAACUUUUCUCACAUGUUCCAACCACAAACAAUAUAUUUUUUAUGGAAUUUAAUGUGGCUAACACAAAGCAGCAUUAAAUAGCUCAAUCCCUGUCACAGGGCAAAGGGCGUCUGAUCAGAGAAUGUCGUGUCUCAGCUGGAUUUAGGUCUAAACUUUAAGUGGAUUUUAUCAUACGAAUAUGCUUUGAUCUAAAUCAUUUCAUUGUUGCCCUUAGUGUAUUUUGUUUUUGGCCCGUUGGAUGGUGAGCCUCCACCCCAGUGUCAAGUCUUUUGGAGCCCCCAGCAGGUUUUCCACCAGAACUGUCCUGUGUUUGUCUGCAGCCAUAUUCUGCUUGACCCUAAACAGCUUCCAUACUCCUGCAGAAUGAAGGCACCCCCCCACCGCAUGACACUGCCUUCACCAUUUGUGUCACUGUGGAGGUGGUGUGUUUUGGGUCAUAUACACAUUGCAUUUUGGGAAAUUCAGUCAGCUUUCCAAUCUGAGCAUCAUCUUCCACAUGUUUACUGUCUCCCUAUUGUGGAUUGUGGAAAUCGUUAAGCUGGACUUCUUAAGAUCAUGUUUCUUCAUGACACUCUUCCAUAAGUGCCACAUUCUUGAAGUGCAAUAUUGAUAACUGUCCGAUCGGUAGAUUUCCUCGCCUGUGCUGUGAAUGUCUGCAGCUCCUCCAGAUUUCCAUUGGCCUCUUGGCUUCUUCUCUGAUUGAAUAAAUCAGAUUUAAUAAAUGGUCAAAUUUAAUAAAUCUCCUUGCCUGACCUAUCAGUGUAGCUGAGCUUUGAUAAAACACAAGAGGACUGUUUGCUAACUUGGUGGCACUUGCUGCAUUGGAUCGUUUUAGAUUUUUAUUUGCAAAGAAAAUGGGUGAUGAAUGUAUCGUUUUUCUUCCAUUUCACAAUUAUGUACUGCUUAGGGUUCCACAAAAAAAAAAUAGUGAAAUAAGGUUUGUGGUUAUGACGUGACAUGUGAUAAAGUCCAAGAGGUUUGACUACUUCUGCAAGGCAAUGUAAUGAUGUAGACGCAAGGUUUAUAGACCCCCACAUUUUCCAGGUUACAUGUCUUAUCCACGUGGCAUUCACCACAGUAGUUCAAAAGUAAUGCUAUUGUGAAAGCACAGCUAAUCAGGGUCAAAGAUUUGCACAUUUCACUUCAGUCAAAUCGUGUGGAAAUACUGCUACUAGAACUGUAGCUGCUAAGGAGAACAACUUUUUGGGUUGUAACGGGGACCAGUGUGGCCAUCCUAAUACUCUGUCACAUACAGACCUUUGAGACUUAGAACAAAUACAGGAAAUCUCCAAAGACGUUGAAAGAUAAUAAUGUUGCCAGCCUGAGUGUUAAUCAUUCACAAUGUGACAACAAGUGUCUUAGAAUACACAGUGACUUUAUUACAUUCAUGAGGUAAGAGUAUAUAUUCCAAUGUUCAGCUUCUAUUUUGAACACUGUGCAGAUCUGAAAAAUGCUCUGGACCUGCUUCGGGUUGACAAAGUAAUGGCACAGCAUACUGCACAACAGUGGUCAGCAUUUCCUCUUUUUCAGGUUUUUGCUUGUGUAAAUACAGUGCCUGUGCUUAAAUAUUGUGUGUUGUUAAGGGACGUUGUGCAAGAUGUGUUGUAGAGGUAGUCUUAAAAAUAGAGUGAACACUGCUGAGUACUUUUUUAUUUUUUUAUUUUUAUUUUUUAAUGUAGUGCUUUACUGCCAACUUGAGCAAACACACAUUUUACCACACCGCCCAUUCAGCACCUUAACUGGUUUUUAUCAAGCA